AUGAUCGUCGUCACCGGUGGUGCCGGCUUUGUCGGUUCGAACAUCAUCAAGGAGUUGAACAGCCGAGGCGUGACCAACGUCGUGGUUGUCGACGACUUGACUGAUGGGACCAAGUUCCGCAACUUGGUCGACUGCAAGGUGGCCGACUACAUCGAUGCGACAGUCUUCCGUGACGCGAUUCGGACCAAAACCUUUCCCCACCGUCCUCGCGUCAUCUUCCACUAUGGUGCAAUUUCAUCCAUCACCGAGACCAACGGUAAGAAAAUGCUUGACGCCAACUUCACCUACUCCAAGGAGCUCUUCCAUUGGUGCAAGGACCAGGGCGUUCGCUUCAUCUACGGCUCGUCCGCUGCCGUUUAUGGAAACAAAACCACCUUCACCGAGGGAGACCGCCUAGAAGCUCCUCUGAACGUCUAUGGAUACUCGAAGAUGCUGUUUGAUCAGUAUGUCGUCAAGAACACCGACCCCCGUUGCCCCCAGGUUGCAGGACUCCGUCUUUUCAAUGUUUAUGGACCCGGCGAACAGAACCGAGAGACCAGCCCCAGCAUCGUCUACCAGUUCUACGAGAAGCGCAAAGCCUUCAAAGCGAUUGAACUCUUUGGAGAAUACGCCGGAGUCGAGGCUGGACAGCAGAAACGUGACUUUGUCUACGUCCAGGAUGUCGCUCGCCUAAAUUGUUGGUUCCUUGAUCACCCAGAAAUCAAUGGUAUCUACAAUGUCGGCACUGGUGUUGCCAGCAGCUUCCACGAGGUUGCAACCGCAGUCGCCAGCCAUUUCGGCAACACGGAGGGUUACAUCAAGUUCAUUCCCUUCCCCGCCGAACUGAAAGGCAGAUACCAGAGCUACACCUGCGCCGAUAUCGCAAAACUCCGUCGGGCUGGCUCUGUGCUGCGGUUCCGAACCAUUAAGGAAGGGAUUAAGGACUACAUGGAGUGGCUCGAAAAGAAUGAGUCCUUGGACUACUAA